CAUCCACAAAAAAGCAAGGUAGAUCAAAGUGAGCCGGUGCAUUUUUCUUUGCAGGGCCUACGUCCUACGUGCUUUACUUGUUCAUCACCAUAAUAAAUGCUGGAUUAUCUAUGAGAAGCCACGGACUAUACAUAUACAAAGAUAAUCAAAGGUGAAGACUAUGUCAUCGGACGACGAGGCCGAGCAUGUUUCCGAUAGGCUGAAAACCAAGAUCACGCCUUUGCCACCGGAGCUCCAGAGGAUAGCCGAAAUCGAGUUCGGUGAAACCGAAGAUGGACUAAAAGAGGCGUUGAUGAAACUCACACAGCUUCUCCUUGGGGAGCGCGACCUGAAUGCAAGGACGGACCCAGAGUUCCUUCUGCGCUUUCUGCGUGUCCGAAAGUUCAAGGUGAACGUUGCCCUGAAGACCAUCAAGAACUACUACAGAAACCGCGCCGCUUACGCUUCGUUGUUCAGCGGCUUAACGCCGUCCAGCGUCAAGCAAGAAGCGAAGUGUUUGCACGUCGUGUUGCCAGAACGAGACGUCCGCGGCCGCUUGGUUCUCCUUACAAGAAUCGGAGCAUGGAUGCCAGACACUGUAUCAUACGAAGAAUUCCAGCAAGCGUGCGUAAUGUGUCUUGACCACAUGGCAAAUGAUUCGUCGUCCCAGAUGGCCGGCAUCUCAUACGUCGUUGACUUCGGGGGAUACACCACGAGCAAGAUGUUCUCCUGCAAUAUCAGCUUGAUGAAACGUGGUCUACUCUAUUUACAGGACAGCUUGCCACUGAGGACGAAAGCGAUCCACGUCGUCAGGGAGUCCUACGCUUUCGAUCUCUUGUUCGCGGUGCUGCGGCCCUUUAUCAAGAAGAAAAUAAGAGAUAGGAUCUCUUGUCAUGGAUGGAGUUUCGAAAAUCUGCACAAGCAGAUCCCGGCCAGUGCGCUACCAGAAGAGUACGGAGGAGACGGGCCUGCGAUUGACUUCGACGCUUUCUGGAAAGGAUUGGACCAAGAAGAACCUCUGUUCAUCGAGAACAACAGAUACGGCUACCAGAUGCCUGAUAGCGGGACUCCCUUUUCCGAUGAUGACCAUCUAGCAAAUACGACGGUGUGAAACAAAAUACCGAACGGAGACCUCAUUUCCAGAGUAACUUACUUCUUACAGUUGCUGCUUACGUUUAUGCUUCAAAACAUUGUAGAAUACGCAGGGCUGGUGUGUAUGUUAAGCCGUCCACUUUGCAAAUGUCCCUCCGUUGGCUUUUUAUGUUUUUUUUUUUUUCAUACCUGGGUUCCAGUAAAAUUUUAAAACACUGAAGUACGUUUUGCCCCAUACUAUAAACAAAAUUUAUCUGGCCGUGUUCAAAGUAAAACAAUCGGUAUUUGUGUGGUAUAUGUAUACGUUGUUUUUUAUGUGACCUUGAACAAUUAUCAAGACGAUGAUUGACAUGCUUAACAAGCUGAGUUCGUAUAAUCAUAGUCUCUACAGUUUAUUUAAAAGAAAACGUUAUCCCAUGUAGAUUCGGAUAUGAAAAGUAGUAUUCAUCAUUCACUACUUCUCAUUAAAAAUAUUCUCUGUGUAUAUAGUUCAGCAGUAUGUGCACGAAAUGAGCAUAUGUCAAGAUCGUUGCAAAAUAAUAAAUAAUAUUUUCUACAAGAUACCCAAGUUUUAAUUUAAAAUAGGCUUCUCGUGGGAUAUGAACUUCCUCUGAACUUCUCCCACGGUUCCUUAG